AUGGCUGCCGGGGAGAACGAAGACAGCAAUCCCCCGGCGGUCAAGCGGCCCAAGGAUAACAGAUCGCAGGAGCAGACAGUGUCUGCUGAGUCUGGCGAGGCAUCAACAGCUCCCGCCCGGAGGAAAAACACUGCCUUGAGAAACAUGGAGGACGCGGCGAGUCUGUCUUACUUUCGGGUGAUGAUGCGCGAGGCAGAAAGAAAACUUGAAGAUGUUGAGAACAGGUUGGAGACGUCCAAGAAAGGAUUCCAGGAGGCCCUGGAAUUAUUUGAUAGGGCCAAGCAAAGUUUUCGGGAGGCCAAGGGGGUGAUGGACGCCAUUGAAGCGAAAUAUGUGAAUGGCGAGUGA